AUGUCUGACAACGUCGGCUUGUCCACGCCCCGAGGCAGCGGAACGUCCGGCUACAUUCAACGCAAUCGCGCCUACAUCAAACCUCGAGACCAAGCUGCGCCGUACCCGCCCAAGGAUCUCGACAGCCUGCGACAUCGCCAACGGCAACCUGACAAGGGUAUCCUCGAGCAUGACCGGAAACGAGAGAUUGAGGUCAAGGUCUUCGACCUCCGUGAUCAGCUAGAAGACGAAGAAGUGGACGAGGAGGAAAUAGAGAAGAGGUGCGACGAGCUGCGCGAAAAGCUCACGUCAGAAAUGCACAAGGGCAAGAACAGCGGGCCGAGGCGAAACUUUAAGGAGCAUCAAGUACACGAGAUGGCGGACGCCAAAAUCAAGGAGAGCGAACGCCUCAGGAAGGCUCUCAAAAUCAGCUCCAACUACGAGGAAGGGAGCCACUGGAAACGGCAAGAGGAGCGGCUCAAGUCGGCCUUGAACGAGGAGGAGGAUGCGCCCAAGGACUGA